AUCCUGUUUAAAAAAGUAAUGUUGGUCACACUGUCGUUAGCUAUAUUACGGUGUAGUCUUGUGUCUGAUGUGUUAUUAAACCUGUUUGUUUACAUUUUUUAACGAAGAAUAAUUUUAUCUCAACAAAAUGACUAUGGCUAUGUUACAACGUCGAGCCAAUGUAAGGCUUCCACCAGAAGUAAAUCGAGUUUUAUAUAUUAGAAAUUUACCUUACAAGAUUACAGCAGAGGAAAUGUAUGAUAUCUUUGGUAAAUAUGGGGCAAUUAGACAAAUCAGAGUUGGUAAUACAGCUGAAACUAGAGGAACUGCAUUUGUCGUUUAUGAAGAUAUCUUUGAUGCUAAAAAUGCAUGUGACCAUCUCAGCGGUUUCAAUGUGUGUAAUCGUUAUCUAGUGGUCCUAUAUUAUCAAAGUAAUAAAGCAUUCAAGCGAGUCGACGUUGACAAGAAGAUGGAAGAAAUAGAUAAAUUAAAGACAAAGUAUAAUUUGAAUGAAGAGAAGAAAUAACUACAAGAUUUAAUCUCUAUGUACGAUUAAAUAUAAUAUUCACUCUGCGAUUAUUUUUUUGUGACUGGAACAUUACAAAGAAAAAGUUCCAUGUAUGUAAAUAUAAGUUUCAUAAGAUUUAAAUUGUAAGGUUUACCCCAUAAUAUAAUAUUUAAAGAAAAAUAAUUACAAAUAAUGUAAAUAAAGGAUUCUAUAUUAUCUUUCUAA